GCCACUUGAUAUAAAGUGUUCCGGUCCUGAUUUACGGAAGCGUAGGAAUACAAACAUAGGCUAUCUUGUAGUUAGCAGUGGUGUCCAAGUUUCACGAGGUGCUAGAGCGUCCAUCUUCCCGAGGGCCCCCCCUAUCCAAGCAGCAUGAGUCAGGCUCUGCAACCUGAGGGUGUUGACCCCAGCGCCCUCACAGACCGCCUGUUCGAGCUGUGGACCUGCAAGGACCUCGAGGGGCUGCGUCUGGAGGCCGCUAAGGGCUUCUCUGAGCUGGGUGAGCCUCUGGCGGGACUCCUGGAAAUGCUGGAGCGUUGCCCCGGCCCCCAGAAGGGCAAAUCCUCCACCCUGGGGCAGUUUGUCAUGGGCGAGUUUGUGCGCUGGAGGCCCGGGCGUCCGCGGGCGUCCCUGGAGGGGGUGUCGGCCGAGCUGCUGCCCGGGCUGCAGAGACGGGCGCUGGGCCUGGUGUGUGAGCGGCAGACCGCCUGCCUGGAGCCCCUGCUGGACGUCUACCAGCUGGGCCGCAUGGACAGGAGCGAGCUGGUGGAGCAUGUGGGACGCCUAUGGGACAGCUGCUCCUACAGGGAGGCUGCAGUCCUUGCAAUGAAACUGGAACUCCAGCCGGACCUGGAUAUGGAAAAGAUGUGUGUGCCCCUGGUGCUGCUGGAUAAGCUGGCCAUGGCGGAGGCGUACGUGCGGGGCAGAGCGCUGCUGCAGGAGAGACUGGUCACCCUGCUGGACUCCUGGUGCUGCCCACACUUCAGCCUGGACCAGCUGCGCAAGCAGUAUCCUCGUUUGUGCCUUUCUAAACACCAGACAGACCUGAUUCAGCCUAAAAUGGUAACAAAACAUGUGUUCCGACUAAUGGAGAAGUUCAACGUUGAUCCAGCUAAGUGCAGUAACUCGGUGCACAAGAGGAAGUUCGACUCCCUCCGCUUCCUCAUGCACAUGCACUUCAGAGAGGGUAAGAUGUCAGAGGAGAACUGGAGUGAUCAUGUCCAGGCCAUAGUGGAGGGCAGUGUGGAGUUGCAGGUGCACCUGGUGGAGCAGCUGGUGAGACAUGGCAGCUUGCAGCAGGCCGCUGAGUGGGCCGCAUACUACAGCCUCCCCAAGAACAGGCUACCGUUUGGGGUGUGGGACACCCUGCAGACCCUACCGCCCUCACAGACUGGUCUCCCUCCUGUUAGCUGUCCCUCUCUGGACUCAUGGGAGCCUUCGCAGCACCACCGCCAACACUACUACCAGCUGCCUGUUACCAGGGGCAACGUCCACUUCCUGUCAACGCUAGAGCAGUUAGAGUCCUGCCAACAAGCUGUCAUACAGCCUGGCGCGGUGGUGGGUGUGGACAUGGAGUGGCGGGCCGGCUUUGGCACCGUGAGUCAGCAGCGGGUGGCGCUGAUCCAGCUGGCCGUGCCCGGCUCCGUGUUCCUGCUGGACCUCUGCGCGCCCGCCUUCAGCCAGAGCCCGCAGACCCUGCGCUUCAUCCGAGACCUCCUCGCCCACAAGAACGUCCUCAAACUGGGUUAUGGGAUGUCAGGAGAUCUGAGGAGUCUGGUGGCCACCUGGCCUGAGUUCUCAGAGCAGCCGCUGAAGGUGGAGGGAAUGUUGGAUCUGCUCCACGUACAUCAGAAGAUCCAGAUGAGUCGGCGGGGGGGUGAGGGGGGCCCGCGGAGCGUGGAGGUGGGGGACGCUGACAGUCCCGGUCGGGGCGGUGGCUCCUCGGAGAAGGGCCUCAGUCUGCUGGUGCAGCAGGUGCUCAGCCGCCCGCUAGACAAGCAGGAGCAGCUCUCCAACUGGGAGCGCCGGCCGCUGCGGCUAGCACAGCUGCGCUACGCAGCGGCUGAUGCGUACUGUCUGUUGGACGUGCACUCGGUUCUAAAGGAGAACCACGCGCGUUACGGCCUCCCGUCCGAUCUGCUCUCGCUAGUGCCGCGCCCUUCUGACGCGGGCCAGAAGAAAGAGGAGCGGGCGCCCAAGGACAAGAGUCGAAAGGGACGCAAGAAGACCCAGAAGGACUGUGAUCAGGCCCCUGCUGCGGAGCUGUUGUCCCUGCGUGUGGGGUCGGGUGCUGGGGAGGGAGGGCCGCCGGUGGCCCCCCAGGAGCUGCGGGUGGUGUGUGACAACAUGCUGCAGGGGCUCGGGCGCUACCUCCGCUGCCUGGGCGUCAACACCGUCAUCCUGGAGAACGUGGAUGACCACAAAGUAGCAGCCAAGCUGGCCCGCACUGAAGACAGGGUCAUCCUCACUUCCGGCCAGCCGUACCAAACCCUGAAGUCCCAGGUGGCGGAGGGCCGCUGUUUGGCACUGGACUGCUCAGAGAAGGCACGGGACCAGGCCGUACAGGUCCUCCGACACUUCCACGUGCGCCUCACGCCGCAGGACAUCUUCAGCCGCUGCCAGGCAUGCAACAAUGACGAAUACCUGCGACUGCCCCAGAAAACCAUGGCAACCCUGAUGACGGAGAAAGGCCUGGUCCCGGAGCAGCCCCUGCCCAGCGCGGAGGCGUGGGAUGACCACUACGAGCCGCUGCUCCCCUACAACAGCUGGCGGGGGCCCGAGGCGCCCACUUUCACGCCGCACUGCCGCUGGGCGCCCGAGGGCAGCCUGGACGCGCGGACACUGGCCUUCCCGGGCGGGGCCGUGGCCCAGUUGGACACGGUCCCGCCCGGCCUGCUGCCGCGCAUCCCCGAGUUCUUCGUGCGCACGGGCUGCGGCAAGGUGUUCUGGGAAGGGACGCACUUCGACCGCGUGCUCAGCCAGUUUGAGGACGUGCUGCACAUCGGCGAGGACGCGGUCGCCGCGGCAACCGACAUCGCCACGACGCCGACACCAACGUCCACCACCAACAUGGCCGCCUCCGCCACCCCCGACCUGCGAGCCUGAACACCUCACUUCCUGGAAGAAAGUACGAACUUCCUGUGUGCCGUUACUGUACAGGGCGACCCAAGGCUCCCCAGCUGAGAGCCACACUUCAUCAGAAUGCACUGUAUGAGUCGAGUCACAAUCAUAAGUUGACACAUUAUUGCUUAUUGUUCUUUGACACAAUAUUCGUGUGGUAAUAUGACAGUGUUUUUUUACAUUUUUCUUUUUUCCACAAACGCUUUUGUUGCGUGACAUCACAAAGGCCUGAAUUUUGUGGCACACAGCCGUGGACUGGUCUUAUUCUUAAACCUCAUGGGCCACUGUAUUUUCUUGUUCAAUGUUUUUUUUCUGGAUCGACAUGGUGCACCUUAGCUGAAGUUUGUGUCUGUUCUGAUAUCAGAGUGUUGAGGGUCACACACACACACACACACGCACGCACGCACGCACGCACGCACGCACGCACGCACGCACGCACGCACAGACACACACACACAAACUUACACAUGUACAAUCACAACAAAACACAACUCCCAUGCACACUUCUACGCCCUCUAUUUCUCCCACACACACACACAUGCACACUUUUACACCCUCUUCUGCUCUCUCUCUCUCUCUCUCACACACACACACACGCACACACACACAGACACACACACACACUUGCACAUUUAAUUGGUUGGGUGAUGAGAUUAACAGUGUGAGAAGUCAAAGCGUUUCUUUUCCAUUGCCUUUCCUGCCAAGGUCAGUGGGCAGCCCAAACCACACUCCACCACACCCCUCUCUGUUCCGCUGCACUCAAACGUUUAUCUCCCGUUUGGCCGAAGCUCUCAGGCCUCCGAUCUGUUCCGCUACGCUACACUCUGCGUGUACGUUCAAAUAACCCCUCGACGGAGAGAGCGACUACUUUUUUUAAUAUAACAUAUCUUAAUCUCUAACUGGGAAAUCUGUGGCCUACGUGUUUUGUAGUGUCAUGUCAUCCAGUCAUUAACUUCUGGGACAUAUUGCCAGGUUUUGGCAAUUCUAUCGAUUGUCUUUUUUUUUCUUUUUUUUAAA